AUGAACGGCGCUCAGUUUACAGAUCGGGCCAACAAGUCCUUGCUCGACUCGAGCAGUCUGUGCGAACAAUAUGCACACUCCCAAAUUCUGCCUCUCCACCUGGCAGUUGCAUUACUCAACCCCUCCCCAGACGAGUCGGAAGACCAACAGACUCCCUCUGGUGCCCAUUCUUCACACGAUGCGUCCACUGCACCUCUCUUCCGCCAGGUGAUCGAAAAGGCCCACGGCGAUGCUCAGCUUCUUGACCGAGCGCUAAUGAAGUUGCUGGUCCGCCUACCGAGUCAAGACCCUCCUCCAGAAAACCCGAGUGUCUCUCCUCAACUCGCAAAAGUUAUCCGAUCCGCCACCGACUUAUCCAAGACCCAAAAGGAUAGCUUCGUUGCGGUCGAUCACCUCAUUCAGUCUGUCUGCCAGGACUCACAAGUCCAGCGCGCUUUGGGCGAUGCCAAUAUUCCCAACCUAAAGUUGAUCGACACUGCUGUCCAGCAAAUUCGUGGUACACGGCGGGUCGACUCUAAGACUGCCGACGCGGAAAGCGAGGAUGAGAACCUGAAGAAAUUCACCAUUGAUAUGACUUCUUUGGCUCGGGAGGGCAAGAUCGAUCCGGUCAUUGGCCGAGAAGAAGAGAUUCGCCGCGUUAUUCGUAUUCUCAGCCGACGCACAAAGAACAACCCCGUGCUCAUCGGUGAGCCCGGUGUUGGUAAGACUACUAUUGUCGAGGGUCUGGCUCGCCGCAUUGUCAACGCUGAUAUUCCCGCCAAUCUGGCUCAAUGCCGCCUUCUUUCUCUCGAUGUCGGUUCUUUGGUUGCGGGCAGCAAAUACCGCGGUGAAUUCGAAGAACGCAUGAAGGGUGUCCUCAAAGAAAUCGAAGAAUCCAAGCAGACCAUCGUCCUGUUCGUCGAUGAGAUCCACUUGCUCAUGGGUGCUGGAUCUAGCGGCGAAGGGGGCAUGGACGCUGCAAACCUACUCAAGCCCAUGCUGGCUCGUGGUCAGCUGCACUGCAUUGGUGCCACCACUCUCAGCGAAUACCGCAAGUAUAUCGAGAAGGACCAAGCCUUCGAGCGACGAUUCCAACAGGUCCUUGUCAAGGAACCCACCGUUCCGGAAACCAUUUCUAUUCUCCGUGGUCUGAAGGAAAAGUACGAAGUUCACCACGGUGUCAACAUUCUCGAUGGUGCUAUUGUCACUGCCGCCACUCUUGCCUCCCGCUACUUGACAGGCCGUCGACUCCCCGAUUCUGCAGUCGAUCUGAUUGACGAGGCUGCUGCUGCAGUCCGCGUCACCCGCGAAUCCGAGCCAGAGGCCCUCGAUACUCUGGAGAGAAAGGCUCGUCAACUUCAAAUCGAAAUUCACGCUCUCGAGCGCGAAAAGGACGAUGCAUCCAAAGCUCGUCUUGAGGCUGCCAAACAGGAAGCUGCCAAUGUUGGCGAGGAGCUCCGACCAAUGCGCGAGAAGUACGAAAGUGAAAAGCAGCGCAGCCGUGAAGUUCAGGAUGCCAAGAUCAAACUUGACUCCCUCAAAGUCAAGCGCGACGAAGCUGAACGUAUGGGCGACACCCAAACCGCUGCUGAUCUCGAGUACUAUGCUAUCCCAGAAACGAAAACCCUCAUCGACCGUCUGGAGGCCGACCGCGUCAAGGCCGAUGCCGAACGUCGCGCUCAAUCAGGCGACGCCGGUGAAGCACUCCUUGCCGAUGCAGUCGGUCCAGAUCAAAUCAAUGAGAUCGUCGGCCGGUGGACCGGUAUCCCCGUCACCAGGCUCAAGACCACAGAGAAGGACAAACUGCUCCACAUGGAGAAGUCCCUUGGAAAGCUUGUCAUUGGUCAGAAGGAAGCUGUUAUCUCGGUCUCCAAUGCCAUUCGCCUGCAGCGCUCAGGGCUCAGUAACCCCAACGCACCUCCCAGCUUCUUGUUCUGCGGUCCCUCCGGUACCGGUAAAACCUUGCUCACCAAGGCGCUUGCCGAAUUCCUCUUCGAUGACCCAAAGGCAAUGAUCCGAUUCGACAUGUCCGAGUAUCAGGAGCGACAUUCACUGAGCCGUAUGAUUGGUGCACCUCCCGGAUAUGUUGGUCAUGAUGCUGGUGGCCAACUGACCGAAAGCCUUCGUCGCCGCCCAUUCUCUAUCUUGUUGUUCGAUGAAGUCGAGAAAGCUGCGAAGGAAGUCCUCACUGUUCUUCUUCAACUCAUGGACGACGGUCGUAUUACCGAUGGACAAGGCCGCAUCGUCGACGCAAAGAACUGCAUCGUUGUCAUGACUUCCAACUUGGGAGCUGAGUUCCUCGCCCGUCCCACCACCAAGGAUGGUCGCAUUGACCCCCAGACCCGGGAAUUGGUCAUGGGUGCACUCCGCGACUACUUCCUGCCCGAAUUCCUCAACCGUAUCUCCAGCACUGUCAUCUUCAACCGUCUCACCCGAAGGGAAAUUCGCAAGAUCGUCGACCUUCGUCUCGGUGAAGUGCAGAAGCGGCUCGAUCACAACGGCCGCAGUGUCCUCAUCCAAUGCACAGAUGAUGUCAAGGACUACCUCGGUGAAGCUGGCUAUUCCCCAGCCUAUGGCGCCCGUCCCUUGGGCCGACUCAUCGAACGUGAGGUCCUCAACCGUCUCGCUGUUCUCAUCCUGCGCGGAAGCAUCCAAGAUGGAGAGGUGGCUCGUGUCAUCUUGUCACCCGAAGGCCGCAUCGAGGUCUUGCCUAACCAUUCCGUUGACGAGAGCAGUGAUGAUGAUGAAAUGGUGGAUGAUGAUGGUGACUCCACGAUGAACGAAGACACUGACCUGUACGAUGAUUAG